AUGUCUGUUCCACUCACCAAAGUCGAUUCUGCCGUUGCUGGCUUGUCCAUAGACGAAAAGCCCCAAGCUCCAACAGAAACUGAAGUCAAGAAGGAGAAGAAGUCCAGGCGACUCUCACACCAAGCUGAAGAUGUCUGGAAUAUCAAGGACCUUGAGGAGCAAAAGAUCGAAAUCACCCUACCCAUCGAGACUCAAAAGACUGGAUGGAGACUCAACACUUCACCAAACACGGUCGAGGACAAAGAGAUUCUCAGCCUAAAACUCACAAAUCCCCCCGUCAAGAAGAUUGACUUGCAUUUCCCAUUGGGCCUAGAGGUCACCGCUCGGAAUCUCAAGGGCGUCACAAUCAAGGAUGCAUUAGAAGCAAUCCACAAACAAUUCAAGAAAAAGGCUGAUGACGAGUUGGAGAAACCUUUCCUUGCUGGUUUCGAGUGGGACAAGGAUGAGUGCUGGACACGCUUCAUCGUGCACCAAACCGACAAGAACACCGCCGUGACUCCAAGUGAUAACUCCAAGAAAUCCAAAAAGAAGAAGAAGGACGAAGAGUAG